AUGCUUAAUCCUUGUGCAAACAGUAAGCUGAAGAGGAAGAGGGCUGAGGAACAAAGCCCAAACUUGACAAUUGGUAAAGAAGAAGGUAAAGAAGAAGAGAAAGAUGUUAAGAAGGACGAAAUUGCCUCAAAUGAUGUAUCUUUAUUUGCCCCUUUAGCCUCUUCUCCAAAGAAUGUGAGAUCUCCCGCCAUAUUCAUCCUUGACAAUGCUUCUCUGAUAAAGGGUCUCGUUAGAAAGGAAUGGAAAAUUCUGAACUCGGAUGAGGAUGCACAGUUUCUGCUAAAGCAAAACAAAAAUCUAAAUGAUUAUCGGCCUGACAUAAUUCAUGAGGCUCUCCGCUGCAUUCUAGAUAGCCCUCUUAAUAAAGCCGGCAUGGUAGGGGCAAUAUAUGUUAAAAUUGAUCAAGGAAGAUUGUUUGAAGUCAAGCCUCAUGUUCGUAUACCACGAACAUGCAGUCGAUUCUGUGGUGUCAUAAUCAAUAUUGUAGAUGGACAGAAUUCAUUUCAGUCUGGAAUGCUUUUCAGUCUGUGCUUUCCAUUGUCUGAUAUGUAG